CGUUUUUCUGCAACUUCCAUCGAGCUCAUUCACCUUCCCAUUACACCACCCCGCCUCUACACCACACUCGACAUCAUGCUUGUUCGAGUGCGAAGCAAAGAGGGCACCCAUCGCAUAGAAGUGAGCCCAAGCGAUGAUAUUAUCAUUCUCCGAGAUAAGAUCGCUAAGGAGCUGAAGAUCACGGAUUCGUCCACCAUCACCAUCAGCGACCAGCCCAAUGCAGGAGCCACACCAAUGGAUAGCCUCUCAGGAAAGACCUUGGGUCAGCUCAACGUCAAGCACGGCGAUCUGCUCUAUAUCGGAUUCGCAGAGGCUGCGGUACAACCUGACACUAGAUCUUCUUCGACAGUAGUCCAGGAUGCAGUGGACGACUACCUCGACUCGCAGGACGGACUCAUCAAGCGGCCAAAGGAUCCGAAAUUCUGCAAACAUGCCGCGAAUGGAAUGUGCGACUACUGCAUGCCUCUCGAACCUUUCGACCCAGCAUACUUGGAGGAGCACAAGAUCAAGAGCUUGUCGUUCCAUGCCUACUUGCGGAAAUUGGGCGCACACGACAAAAAGCAAGGAACUUCCUACAUCACUCUGCCCUCGCUCGAGGAGCCAUCAUACAAGGUCAAAACCAACUGCAGCUCUGGACAUCCACCAUGGCCCGCCAGUAUCUGUACGAAAUGCCAACCCAGUGCCAUCACCUUGCAGCGACAGCCAUUCAGAUUGGUGGACCAUGUCGAAUUUUCCAGCGCAACUAUCAUCGACAACUUCAUCAAUUAUUGGCGCACGACUGGGCUUCAGCGUUUCGGCUACAUGUAUGGAAGAUAUGAGCCUUACUCAGAAGUGCCUCUCGGCAUCAAAGCAGUAGUAGAAGCGAUCUAUGAGCCCCCACAAGAGGGCGACAGCGAAGGAUUGAAGCUGGAGGACCCUAUCUACGGAGAAAAAAGGGCAGAUGAGAUGGCAGGCGCCUGUGGACUUCAGCGCGUGGGUAUGAUCUACACAGACCUGACAGAUGAUGGCUCUGGCAAGGGAACGGUCCUUUGUAAACGACAUAUCGACUCGUACUUCUUCUCGUCACAGGAAUGCCAGUUUGCGGCGGUGAUGCAACAAAAGUACCCGAAUGCGACCAAAUACUCGUCCACAGGAACCUUCGGGUCCAAGUUUGUCACAUGCGUUAUUGGUGGAAAUCAGGAGGGGAACAUCGACGUGUCCUCGUACCAAGUUUCCAACACCUGUGUUGGCAUGGUGGAUGCUGAUAUCGUAGAGCCCAGUGUGGAGCCAGGCAUCAUGCGCGUAAGGGAGGCAACGACUGAUCGCUACAUUCCCGACGUGUUUUUCAAGUAUAAGAACGAGUACAACCUUGUGGUCCAGAAGGAUGCCAAACCCUCCUUCCCGGUCGAGUACCUUCUUGUCAACGUAACACAUGGUUUCCCCGUUAAGGCGUCUCCCAUGUUCAAAUCACCAAAGGACUUUCCUAUCGAGAACAGAGUCGGGGCAUUUGUGCAGGAUGCGGCAUCGUUGCAUCGGUAUCUGGAGUCUGGAAAUCUGGUUGAACUCGCAUCUAACUUUCACUUUUUGCUGUUCGCCCGCAGCAUGGGUAUUCUAAACGAUACAGACGAGAUGAAUCUUUUGGUCCGCGUCGCGCUUUUGCACAAGGAGGAAGAUGCCAACAAACUCGUGCAGACACCAGGGUGGCAGACAUUAUUGACGGUCCUGAAGGAGUCUGCGGGCUCAUCCCGAGGAGGGCAGGGUUCUUCGUCGUCCUCAGGCAGAGGUGCAGGCGGUUCUUCGGGCGCAUCUGCCACUGCUCCAUGGACAUGUCGUCACUGUACAUUCUUGAACACACACGGGGACGAGAAUUGCGAGAUGUGCGGUCUUCCCAUGGGUUAAAAGAGAAUUGUAGUACUGUGCUCUCAAUCCUGUUGUUUGCAUGGAUUUUUCUCUUUUCCGCCCUAUCUUUUUGCCACUACUGCCUGAAUAAACUGAACAAAAGACUGAAAAAAAAAAAA